AUGUAUAUCGUACCAUCUUUGUUAGUAAUUACUACUAUUUCAGGCUCUACUCUGGGAUUUAAUCGCCCACCAUCAAAUACGAAUCUCUUGCAAGAGGCGUAUACAAUCUAUGGCCCAAACUUCAAUUUAACAAGGUCGAUGACGGCUGGAUCUGGUGAACCAGUCCAGAGCUACUGGUACGCAUCCUAUUUGUCUGGAGACAACGGUCAUGAAUACUUCAGUAUUGCUUGUAUUUUCAAAGCUGCCAAACCAGGUUCUAUCAAUUCCCUCGUCUCCCUAUUAGACAUUGAAACGGGAGAGUACUAUGGCCAAAACCAUCUCGUUCCGGGAGUGAUCUCGAACAAGACGUACGAUAUCGAUAGUGGCAUACUCAGGCAAUAUGCGAGUACAGCAGAUUUAGUAUCUGUUCAACAUGCGGAAAGCAGCGAUCCCUAUGCUACAUUUAACCUCACAUUCGAGCCACGAGGACCUAAUCUAUACCAUGGAGGGUCAGGG